AUGAGUAUUAUCCAACAGUUUGAUGAAAAUUUGGAUGAGGAAAUCUUAGAUGAAAAGGUUGUCCCUUCGAGGAUUAAGAUAUCGAUUCAGCUGGUUAAGAAUAUGUCUAAUAACCCGUUUGAAAGGAAACCUCAAGGGAGCAAACUAAUGAAAACUUCUUCUUGACCUGUACAGAAACUUCAGAAAUAUGUACACAGCUACAAAGACAGGAUGGACCGUACAAAUUAUUCUAAAAUUUCAGAAGUUUCUUGAAAAGAAAAUUCACACCUAAAACCGAGUCUUCAGAGUGAUAUUAAGGACUUACUUCAAAGAGCAAUUAGGAUCAGAAACUCAUGAAAAUACUCUUCUGAACGCCACAUCUUUUGUGAGAAAAUUGAGGAUGAUUCUGUUGACUCUCCCUAUAUCUGAAAGAGGGAAGUGACAAUGGAAGAUAUUUCGGCUCCUAAUUAACUUAAUACCAUAAUAUUUAUAAACAAACAUUUUCUUCCCAAUAUGUAAGAGUCCCAAUUCUUAGAAGUAUUUAGAAGUUUGUAUAUCGUUAAUUCUUGUUUUUGAUGUUGAAAGAUAAUGAACGUAAAAUUCCAAAAUUAAAUAUUCCAAAAUUUUGUACACAUAUGUAUCCUAGUUAAAGGCGGCAUUGAUACCUGAAAGACAAUCUGUGUACGGAAUUUAAAGUCUAAAAGUGAUUUAGGCUACUCUAUAAUCUUCCAAAAGUAUACUCAGAUCUGAAUUACUCUCUACUUGUCAGAUUUUCAAAUAAUUAAGUAACUUUGAAAAUAGCUAAUUAAGUUCAAUGAUUCAUUGAUCAAGUUAAAUUGGCAUGAGGCUAGUUAUCCUCAGAGAACAACUAAUCUAAUUUGGAGCAUAAUAUGCACAAUUUUAGUAAAAUUAGAUGUUUAUAUUGAUAAAUCCAUAUCUUUUCUAAAUAAUUCGGUAUUAUGAAUUGAGCUAUUGUCUCAAAGUGAACAUUACCUGAUUUUACCAACUAGAGUACCAAGACCCCAACACAUAUUUCCAAAAUUAUUCAUGAUCAAUAUUAUAAUUUCUAAUACCGGGUGGUAAACUUUUGCUGAACUAUAAAUAUAGUGCUUUCAGUAAUUGAUAAACCUCAGUUGCAUAUUAUCAAUUUUCUAUAAUCUCGAUAGAAUUGAGGAUGGCUCCAUAAAAGGUUUGUACACACAUAACAAAUUACCUGAGAAUUCCCUGAAAAUUUUGGAUUCAUUGAUUUGUGUACUAACAGGACCAAGAUGUCCUUAAAAAUUAAAUCUUGGAUAGAAGAAGGGACCACUUAGUCAAGAAAUUGUGUGAAUAUCCUUUAAAGAGAAAAUCGGUAUUUUUAAAACAAGAUAGGUGGUAAGAAUGAGCCUAAUGAGAAAUAGCUAAUUCUCAGCAUAAUUUUCGAAUUUAUAAGAAAUGGUAAAAAUAAGCAAAUCCGAUU